CUGAGCAUGAUUUCCGAUGACAAUAUCUUAAUACCUUAAUUGGCCAUCCUUAAAAGCACAACGUAUCCUGCCGUCUCAAGGGAUGGAAAAGUUGCCGAAGUCCGAGGAGUGAGUCAUUUUAUUCAGUUCUGAUGAGUAAUUUCAGGUGUCACGGAACCCUGAUCGGUCGGAGAGGGGAGGGGGCGUCACAUCUGCAGACGGAAGAAGACUGGCUGCGCGGGAUUGGAUGGUGAGAUUUCGAUUUUCCUGCAAUUGCGUCAGUUUGAACCCACUUGGGUCCAGAUGUCACGGGCACCGACGGGUUACCGUCUCGGAAACUCAAUCAGACGCAAGAUAAAGGAGAAGUGGCAACUAAUUAAAUAUUGAGCAGAAAGUAGCGUGGGGAGCGUGUCACGUGGCCUCGAGGCUCUUCGAGCUUCGGAUAAAUACCGGGCGGCACCCAGCAAGCAAAAGAGCGCGCUGCGACCUCCUCCUGCACCGCUCGGAGACCGAGAGCGUGGGGCGACGGGCGUGCGCUCAGACCGGCGGGAGGAACCCAGCGGGCCUGUCCGCCGCAAAAUCCAACAUGAAAAUCCUCGUGGCCUUGGCCGUCUUUUUUCUCGUCUCCACUCAGCUGUUUGCAGAAGAAAUCGGAACCAACGAUGAUCUCAAUUAUUGGUCCGAUUGGUCCGACAGCGACCAGAUCAAGGAGGAGCUACCCGAGCCCUUUGAGCAUCUUCUGCAGAGAAUCGCCCGGAGACCCAAGCCUCAGCAGUUCUUCGGACUGAUGGGCAAACGGGAUGCUGAUUCCUCAAUUGAAAAACAAGUGGCUCUGUUAAAGGCUCUUUAUGGACGUGGACAGAUCUCUCAUAAAAGGCAUAAAACAGAUUCCUUUGUUGGACUAAUGGGCAAAAGAGCUUUAAAUUCUGUCUCAAGGACAAUUCACCAGUGGGAGGUAUCCUGAAGACAGGAAGAGACCUUCACUCUAUAAGUGGCUUAUGAAAGGAGUGCAAUGCAGAAUUAUGAAAGAAGACGUAAAUAAACUACCUAAAGUGUUAUUUAUUGAGCUUCAAUUGUGUCAGUGGCCAAUAAAAGGUAAAAUGAGACAUGCACUAUAAGGAAUAAUUAUUUAUUUAGUGAUAAUUGUUGUUUUGAGUUGAGAACUCAACACAUGUUUAUUUUUCAUAUUGUACCAAUAUGUGUCAUACAAGCGUGUUGUAAUUCUAACUUGGUACUCCUUCAGAAGUAGAAAUCAGUGGUAAUUUCUCAACAAAGUGCAGUGUUCAAUGAAAUUGUAAAAACGUGUCAAUGAUAUAGAGUCCAAAAAAGGAAUCAUUUUUGUUUCAUGGUAGCAGUCAUGUCAGCUACUGCCCAAGGAAAGAAAGCUCACAGGCAGGCUUCUGCUUCUCAAUUUGUUUUUAUGGUGAAAAUGGAAUGAGACUGGUAUCAGACUGUAUUUGUACCCCUACAGCAUGUUUCACAUUUUGUGAUUAUAUAGAGAUGUUUUAAAAGUUUUAAUGUGACUCUAAGACCUUCAUUUCAUUGUAUAAUGUGUUGUGGUAGUUAACAUUUUAAAUAAAAGAAAAAAUAU